AUGCCGAUCUUCCGGGCUGUGGCUUCUUUCGGCCUCCUCCUCUUCUCUCUCCAAAUAAGCCUUCCCGCCGGGCGAGGCUGGCAAGUGCUUAAAAACGAUGCCACGGAGCUCGUCCCAGGCUUUCCGGAGAAGACCCUGGAGGCAGCGGAGGAGCCAGCGCAAGCGGCCUCUGCCCAGAACGAGAGCGAAGCCAUGAACAACCGAGCCCAGCAAGGGGAGAGGAAUCCCCAGGUUUCCUUGGGAAGGAUGGAACCUUUGGAGUUCAGCUGUCGUGAAGUGCAUUCCACCCGCUACGUCACCAGUGGCCUGUGCCGCAGCACCAAGCCAAUUAAGGAGCUGGUAUGUUCUGGCCAAUGCCUGCCAUCCCAUCUCCUCCCCAAUUCAAUUGGCAAGGGGAAAUGGUGGCGGCAACAUGCCAUGGAUUACCGCUGCAUCCCGGCACACAGCCGUCCCCAGCGUGUCCAGUUAGCCUGCCCCGGCGAGGAUAUUCGGACUAUCAAGACCAGAACCAUCACCUCUUGCAAAUGCAAACGGUACACCCGUUACCACAAUCGUUCUCAGCUCAAAGACUUCAGCAAGGAGACCACCCGGCCUCAGAAGAACAAAAAACCUCGCCUCCCCAGGGCCAGGGGCAGUAAGGCCAACCAGCCAGAGUUGGAGAACUCCUACUAGAUGGAGGCUGCUGGUGAGACCCCAGCCCAGAAGAGUAGAGAUUUUUGCCUCACCCACCCUCUCUUUUUGAUGGCACUGGGAUCAAAAUGGGACCAAGUGAGGGGAGGGCCAAGGCCCUCAUGGUGGCUGUCCCAACCAGAGGUUCAAAACUGAUGUGACCGAAAGCUAUCGGAUUUGGAUGAAAGCUCCAAGGGGGAGGGAAGAAUUCAAAUUGAGCAGGUGGUAGCAGUUCUCAGUCUGAAAGCAGAGUGACUCGGAGAUUAGUAGAGGGUUACACGGUCCAUAACAUUGAAGGGAGAGGCAAGCUCUGUGCACUACUACUUUUUCCAAGACUUCUUUGUCCUUCCUUAAUGGACAAAGGACUGGCAUCUCUCCAGCAAAAUGGCCAGGCAUUUGUGUAGAAUAAUGCAACCUUGCCAGCUCCCUGUCUUUAAAACAGACUUCCCCAAUCUGGUGCCUUCCAGUCAUGUUGGGACUACAUCUCCCAGAAUUCCUUUCCUGAAGCUGCCGGUCUCAUGGCAUCUGCCAACUCCAGGGUGGAGAGGGCCAUUUUAAUACUUUGCUGCCCUGGCCCUUUGCUUCCUUCUGGAUUCUCUAUGAUGGAUGGUUGCCUACUGUGCUGUAGUAUUGCCUGAACUAUAAGCUUUGUUAUUUUAAAAUGAAACAUAGGCAGUUUAAAGUCCCAACAUAGUGUACAGAUAGUGUUAGAUGUGCUGAUCUGUACAAAGAGCUAACUUUGCAGAGGCAUGCAGAAGAAGGAAGAAACAAAAAGACUGAGGAGGGGAAAAAAAACCUUGAAAAAAAUCAGGCACAGUUAAAGGGAGGA